CUAAAAUGUCAACGGGAGCGUGUGUUGUUGAUUCAGAUACAGAAAAUCCAGUUUCAAAAAAGCCAAAGCUUGAAAUCAAAGAAAAUGUAAUACCCACAGAAAGUAUCAACGAAAACUUAUCGAACUUAUCAGGAUUUACUAUUGAAAGUGUUCUAUCAAACAGCACCGACCGAAAGUCAAUUUGUCUCAAAGGAACAUUCGAUUCCAAAGAAGGUGCAGCAAUAGUUUUAUUAGAAAAGACUGCCUUUGUUGAAGAAGAUAUUAAAGGUUCUAGUAAGGAUUAUUUUACCGAGCAAUAUCCUUUACAAAAAGUUUUCUCUAAUGAUAUCUAUGGUAACUACAAAUAUUACCCGAGCAAGCUUUUAAGCGAAAUUAAAACUACUAUCAUUCAUCCCGCAACUGAAAAGCAUAUCGUCAAGUAUUCCGCUCAAAAGCGUUAUAUAGUUGAUGAAACACCCCGUAUAUACGAAGAAGUAGUUCUACCACAUCUAACCAACGAGCAGUUCAAUUUGCAGUGGGUUUAUAAUAUUCUCGAACACAAAUCUGAGGCGGAAAGAAUCGUAUUCGAAGAUGCCGAUCCUACCAAUGGGUUCGUAAUGCUUCCCGAUCUCAAAUGGAAUGGAGAAGUAGAAACUUUGUAUUUACUAGCUAUUGUUAAUAAACGUGGGAUAAAAUCUUUGAGAGACCUCACCGGGGAUCAUUUGCCGUUGUUGAGAAAUAUUAAACAAAAAGGAAUCGAAGCGAUUAAAGAAAAGUAUUCCUUGGAUGCUUCUCGUUUGAGGAUAUUCCUGCACUACCAGCCGAGUUUCUAUCAUCUCCACGUGCAUUUCUGUUACUUACAACACGACGCGCCGGGUAUUUUGGUAGAGAAGGCUCAUUUGCUAUCGAGUGUAAUCAGUAACAUAGAAUUAGUUUCUGAUUACUACCAAAAAGCGACUAUUCCUUUUGCUAUUCGCGAAAAUGAGAAGCUAUUCGCAAAGCUAGAGAGCGAGGGUGUUUUAAAAGAUAUUCGCUUAGAAAACGACGCGGUGGUAUUAAAUGUGAAUCAAAUAAUUAAAAGGGUACAAUGCACGAGCGUUCAAAUUAUGGUCGACAGUUUAUCUUCGAUUAAAAUUACUAAUAAGUUUAUUAGUUUUCGAUUUUUAACUAAUAAUACCAACGAUAAUGCUGGUACUUUUAAGACGGAGUUUCUGCAAAACACUGUGGCUAGUAUAGAGUCGUUAAGUAGCAAACCGCUUUUAUCCAAAGGCACUCAGUACAGAAUAAAUUGUUGGAAUUGCAAGCAUUCUCUUUCCGAUGUUAUUACUUUUGAUCGAAUUUUGCCACUUCCAUCCGAAUGUUCGGAUAGUAGCGAUUGGUUCUGCCACAAUCACGGUAAUAACGUAGACUUUAGUUUAGAUCCCAAAGAAUCCGACGCCUUCUACUCGCACUCUUUCGUACAUUUGAGUAAAAACAACAUUAAAAAUUAUAAAGAAUCCAAUAAAAUACUUGUGUGUAAGUUCUGCCUGCAGUGGUUGGGCACGCAACACAACACGAAUACUCUCAAACUUUGGUUUAACACCGUCAGUUUCUCGAACGAUAACAACCAAAUACACACUUCCAGUCUUGAAGACGUUCAUUACGUGGUUAAAAAUUCGUUCAGGCAUUCCUUUCACAACUCCUCGAAGCUGAUCGUUGCGUGCCGAACUUCGCCUGGCAAAACGGACACUUUGCUGUUGUGGAUACUCGAGAAGAAAUUGCAAAUUUUGUACGGCGAAACGGACGUCGUUGCUCAUAAUGUGGCGAAGGUUUUAUUCAAAUUCGUCGACGAGGACGAGGCGCUUCUGCAUUCCUGGCAGAACGAUUCUUUGGUUAGUAAUUUAGACGUUUCCAAACCGAUGAUGGUUGAUUUAUUGAGUAAGUUGCACGGUUGGAACAAGUUGUUUCCUUUAGAAUAUGCAAAAUCGAACGAUUUUAAGGUGUCAUAUUUAUUUUUGUACGAUGGGUUUUGA